AUGCAGGUGACGUGCUGGUGCGCCGUGUUCCUCCUGACGCCUGUGCUCUGCCUGGUGACAGCAUUAGCAGCUAAACGCAGUGCCCAUGUCAAGUCGGGAAGCCCCAAAUCAACGCUAAAGCAUAUAUGGACAGAAAGCAAGGAUUUGUCAAUCAGUAGGCUGCUGUCACAGACUCUGCACGGCAAAGAAAACAGCACAGCCUUGGACCUUCACUAUGACACUCCAGAGCCCUACUCGGAGCAAGACCUGUGGGACUGGCUGAGGAACGCCACAGACCUGCAGGACUCGCGGCCGCGGGCUAAACGGCGGCCCAUGGUUAAGACGGGAAAAUUCAAGAAGAUGUUCGGCUGGGGGGACUUCCAUUCCAACAUCAAGACGGUCAAACUCAACCUGCUGAUCACUGGGAAGAUUGUGGAUCAUGGCAAUGGCACCUUCAGUGUCUACUUCCGCCACAACUCCACAGGUCAGGGCAACGUGUCAGUCAGCCUGGUCCCUCCCACCAAGAUAGUGGAGUUUGACGUGGCGUCUCAGCAGUCCGUCAUCGACGCAAAGGACUCAAAGUCCUUCAACUGCCGCAUCGAGUACGAGAAGGUGGAGAAAGGUGCCAAGAACACGCUCUGCAACUUCGACCCAUCCAAGACCUGCUACCAGGAGCAGACCCAGAGCCAUGUUUCCUGGCUCUGCUCCAAACCUUUCAAAGUCAUCUGCAUCUUCAUUUCCUUCUACAGCACCGACUACAAACUGGUGCAGAAAGUGUGCCCGGACUACAACUACCACAGUGACACACCCUACUUCCCCUCUGGCUGA